AGGGAUUCCAAGCGCAGGGGAAAGUAUUGAUAUCGACGACUUAUAUACACCGAUUAUCUUUGCCAUUCGUUGCGGUCCAGACACCUACCGCGCUUGCUAAUCUCAAGUUAGCACAUUCCUAACAUUUCAGGAAGUCAUAAAUAUUCCUUUUGCUUGUCCAUUGGUUUACUUUUUAUUCCUUACUUGCAUCGGUCUCCCGGGUUUCGUUUUCGUACAUUAACUUCACAUCUAUAUACAUGGGCAGUUCUUCUUUCCAUCUCUCGAUUUUGCGGAGGAAAAAGAAAGGAGGAAACAAGAAGAUAUCUGCUGCCCUUGGCGCAUAUAAAGCCAGAUUAUACUCGAAGGCAAAGAUCCAGAGACUAAAGCGCCAACUCAAGCUUAAAAUCUUGAAGUACAGAACCAUCAAGCGGAUCAAGGAUAUUCUUUCAAUCCCCUGAGGUUUAUGGGCCAGCGUCCCCAGCAGCAAGAUCGAAAGUUUGAUUCCCAAGAAUUUUACUUUUGAACAACCCAAAAUGCUUCAGGGAAAUGAUACUUUCGCAUCUUCUCCCCCAGAAUCUGGGAGCAGAAGCAACGAAACUAAUAGUAGCAUCGAUAACAGUGAAGUAGCCGAGUGUCGAAAAACCACCAUGAAUCUCUCAGCUUCAGCUUCAGCUUCAGCUACCCCAUCGACUCAUGGUAGAAAAACUCCCAGCGCUUGGCAGGAGGUGAUAUCCACAGCCCGGUUUAUAACUGGCAUGUUGCACUACCCAGUAGAGAAUCUGAUGUAUCUCGCAUCGACGGUGAGCCAUAUCGGCUCAAAACUAUUGGGUAGAAGAGUGUUUGCGCCGGAGAGAGAUAUGGGGGAUCUAAGAGGCAAGGUUAUACUUCUCACAGGAGGAAAUACUGGACUCGGCAAACAAACUAUCCUCCAACUCGCCAAACACGGCCCAUCCCGCAUCUACCUGGCCGCGCGCAGCGAAGAUAAAGCGCUUGCAGCCAUAACAGAUAUCAAAUCUUCCCUGAGCACCGAACAAACUUCAGCUACUGACAUCCGUUUCCUACCCCUCGACCUCGCAUCAUUCCAGUCCAUCCAAACUGCCGCAUCCACCUUCAAGUCCGAAAACAGCCGGCUCGAUAUCCUAAUCCUCAACGCUGGCGUAAUGGCCUUACCGCCAGACACUACCGAGGACGGUUACGAGAUCCAAUUCGGCACAAACUUCCUCGGCCACUUCCUCCUUACAAAACUCCUAUUACCUAUCCUCCUCGAAACUGCAAAAGCCUCGAAUGUCCCCCGCCAGCCAGCAACAGCAGACGUGCGGGUAAUCUCAGUCUCAUCCCUGGCCUGGCAACUAGCUCCAGCCUACAAUCCACUGGAGACCAUGACAUCCACAGCGAAGCUUCUAACGGAGAACACCUGGACGCGCUACGGCUGCUCUAAAGCCGCCAACGUCGCGCUCGCAGCGCAACUAGCCCGCCUCUACCCGCAAAUAACCUCUGUAUCUCUCCAUCCAGGUCUAAUCUUGACCAACCUAUACUCACCGACGAAGUUCUCUAAUCCGCUUGUGAGGUAUGCAACUGCUGCGGCGGGGCCCCUGUUGACAGGUGAGGAGGAAGGGGCGCUUAAUCAUUUGUGGGCUGCCGGGGUAGAGAAGAAGAUGUUGACGAAUGGGGCGUAUUUCAACCCUGUUGGAGUUUGGGCGAGGAAUUGGUUUGCCGAGGAUGAAACCGUCGGGAAUGGGUUGUGGAGGUGGGCUGAGGGGGAGGUUAGGGAUUGGAUUUGAGUUUGACCAGAGCUGUUUGGGGCAGUCCCCGCGUACAUGAAGAUGAAAGAGAUGUUUAGAUAUAUCGUAUUAAUAUUUUUCUCCCUUUUUGCGCCGGUAUGGACCAGUCUUCUCUUGGCUGUCACCGGGAUUCUUGCUACUGUUUAGUAGAUAUUUAAUGGAUGACUCGCUUGGUCUGUGUUCUCUUCUUUGUCACUUGUAUGUUCUAUAACUUUCAAAUUUUAGACGUGUUCGGCAGGUGACUGACUCCAUUUACUCUUGAUAUCAUUUCCCGUCUUUUUCCACUUCCCCUUGUAAAUUCCGCGCCUCAUUUCCCCUCCAUGUUAAGCGCAGUUUACUCUACAGAACUCAAAAAGCUGGCAACUUGUGAUGGACAUGGUAUUAUCAAUCAUUACGAGGGAUGCAAACAAUCAGGGGUGGUUUGUUGCAUUGAAUUCGGAGCGGAGGAGUGAAGAUUCAAAUGGUUGAACGAUGCGGAAAUAAACUAUGUUAACUUAUGUUGCCCAUCCUGGGGUGGAUUCAAAGACCGGAAAUUGAAUUCAGGAGAAAUAUUUGUGGAAGGAAGAAGAUGGUGGACCUUAUAAUGUCUUCAAACAUACAGAAUGAUGAAAUAUCUUUCUGAAAGAUUUUACUAAUGUAAAGGAAAGUGUAUGAAAAGUGAGGCAAAGCCGGAUCUUUCCAC